UCGCAGCGAGAGUGUUCCACUCUAGGAAUUAUUGUCAGGAACCUUCUAAGUGUACAGUACGGGAACGGAGACCUCUCCCGCCACACAACAGAUUCCGGAAUAAAAGGGAGUUGAAUAAUAGAGAGGGACGGCAAUGUGGUCGAUGAUGAAACUCGACCGUCAGAGAACUAAUCAAAUUCUCGGAUGUAGUGCUCGGGCAUUCGGAAAUAUCGACAUUCAGAUCGGUGAAGAGGGAAGAAAUUAUUUUAAGCGACUGAAGUUCGGGGCUUGUGGCCAAUGAAAGGACGCUCGCGAUAAUGAACGGUAACCAAAACCAGACCAAGAGCUGGCCACUUUGAAAGACGAAUUGGAUCCCAUGGUGCUCUUAUCGCAUCGCAUGUGCACACAUGCCACGACAGCCCUUCCGCCACAGGAAGUCGUCUUGUUCUGACAGAACAAGGCAAUGGGUCUUCACGACGAGUUGUCGUCCGUGUUUGGGGUGAGUUUUGCCGAACCCUGUUACUGUCUCGACCGAGUUGCCGUCGCUCGCUUCAGGCGCGUUCGUCUCUUCUCCAAUCGGUCCACGCGAUCGUAUCCACCCGUCCGCCUCCGGAAUUAUCGAGGGACUGGAGUCUCGUCUCUUGCCAGGGUUAGCCGAAGAUUGUGUCGACGUCGGCCUUCUUCGGCAUGUGGGUGUUGCUCGGUUGACGAGGCGCAUUUGAAAUAUUCGGUGCUUCACUUCGUUUCUCGAUGGCUCUUGUGCAUCUCGAUUACAAAGUUUUUGUGAGUCGUGGUGUUGUUGGACGGCUAUCAGUAAAUGUGUCGACCGUCCUUCAUUUCUCAAUCACGACGGGAGAAAGCACAUCAAACAUAGACUUGCAGCGGUGAACAAUCUCUCGGCAGGAAGCGCCACCCUGCUGGGGUGUUUCUGUUUGCGUGGUUUCCUCUGCCGUUCGCAGUGCCUCUGUUGGUCACGGCACAAGGCUGGAGCAACGCUGUGAAGCUACGGAUUCUCUUGCUUCAGUGGGCAGUGUACAUUCUGCCAAGAAAUUUGUAUUUUUCAACAAUUUUCUUUUCAAGCGAAAAAUCUGAAUCUUAUGUGACAUGAGCUGAAGUAUAUUUCGUAGAGUGCGUGGCUAUUACAGAUGGCCUCAAACAAAUCGAAUGUCCAUGCUUUAGAACUUGUGGCGUUGGAAGAGCAGUACGUUCAGGUUGAAAAGGAGACCCACAAGCUAGAGGAAGAAAUCGAAAACUCCAGAAAGAAGAGGCUUCGGUUGGACGCUGAAGUGAGGUUUUUGCGUCGAAAGUUGAGAUCUUUCAAGAGAAAUCCGGAUCAAGAUGGGCGUAUUGGAAUUGCUGCCAAUGCAGACUCCGACGAUGUAUCAGAUGACAGUGAGGAGGAACAGGAUACGAGAAUGGACUCAGAGGCUCCAGCUACAGGCAUGUCACCUAAUACUCGAGCUAAGUUCUUAAGUGGUCACUUUCAUGAGGUCGAAGUCAAGCUAGCAAAAUUUAGGUCACUGGAAAAUGGUUCAUUCAGAGCCUCUCCAAUUAGAAUUGAAAGUCCAGUAGAAUAUGAAAGUGAUUCUCCGUUACGUAAAUAUACGGGCAAAGGAAAAGUUUCCUGGCAAGAUGAGGAGGGUUUUUCAUCGUAAUGUGAUUUGAGCCGAUAGAAGGGAAUGAUUUAGGACGAGACAUAGCCAAUCGUAGCUUAGAAGUCCAAGAGCAUCUUGUUCUUUUCAUUUCAAAUUCGUAAUUGCCAGAUCAUCUCCCGGAAUACAUGUUCUCACAGACUGCGCCAGUUCUCAUCUUCGAGUCCGAGAGUUGCCGUUUAUGCCAGUCAAUCAAGCUAGAAACGAGAUGCUUCCGUAGUUGUAACGAAUCAUCCUUAUGUUUCGACUCGGAAAUUGUGUGUUGAAUUUGGAGCACCAUCUUGAUUAGUCUCAAACAUGAAAGUGCUCGUCCCAAGAAAAAAAUUCGGGCUGGAGCGGACGUUAAGUACAUGGCAGUUGGGAGAUUUUCUGGUUUAUGUAGCCCCAUAGCUCUUCCUUGGGUCCGUAAUUGAUCAGUUUAUUUUCAGCUUCACCGAUUUUCAGUAAGUUCCCUUGUGAAACACAAUGAGGGUUUGCGUUUUGUGUAUGUUCACAUUUACCGCAGGAUUUCG